UUCCCGUUUGCCACCGUGUUUAGAAAGACGGUGGAAAAUGAGGUAGCCAUAUUGUAGUGGAGGACCAAAAAUAUAGCAAGUCAGAGAAGCACAAAACAGAGCUAGCCAAAGUUAAAUUAUUCAAAGAAACGUUCAGUUGGGAGGGAGAUCAUUGGCAAUUUAGCCAUCUAAGACCGGGAAGACACCAUGAGUGGAGGAACCCCUUAUAUCGGGAGCAAAAUCAGCCUAAUCUCGAAGGCCGAAAUUCGUUACGAAGGGAUCCUCUACACUAUUGAUACUGAGAAUUCGACUGUCGCACUUGCAAAAGUUCGCUCUUUUGGCACAGAGGAUCGGCCCACCGAUAGGCCCAUCCCGCCCCGAGAUGAGAUCUUUGAGUACAUCAUCUUUCGAGGUAGUGACAUUAAGGACCUGACUGUAUGUGAGCCGCCCAAGCCAACAUGCUCUCUCCCUCAGGACCCGGCCAUCGUCCAGUCGUCCAUGGGCUCGGCCCCUCUGCCUGCUCCUGCUGCCGCAUCAGCAUCGUUUCAGUCGGUGGGCUCCUACGGCCUAUUCAACCGAGCCCCGGUGCCCCCGUACAACCAGUUCAGCACCAGCCCCUUGGUGUCCCCGCAAUUUGGCGCCGUUGGUGUCGGUAAGAGCCACAGCAGCACGAGGCCUGGAUAUGGAAGAUCAGUCCCCUCCUUUGGGAGUGACACAAGCUCAGCUGCACCCCAGUCUCAGAGCAGUGCUAUUGGCGCUGCUCUCCCCACUGAUUCACGCUCUCUGGGUACCACUACUACCCUUGUAUCUAAAGUCCGCACUAGCCCCUCUCUGGACCCUCUGAGGAAGAGCCCCACCUUAGAGCAAGUUGUCCAGGCCACCCCAUCGGGCCUCCCAGCCCCUGGCUUGGGCCGCAGGAGUCCCGCUCCCGGCCGCACGGCCCCCUCGGCUGCAGCCGCCGGCCCCGUCCACCAGAAGGCCCAGCAGCACCACCACCAUAUCCAGGACGGAGGUGAACCCAGGAGGACCGGUGAGACUGUCAGUGGAGCCCGCAGUAACCAGGCCUGGCCUGCGCUCCGCAAUGCACCGAUCUCUCAUCAACACCACACCACUGCUGUAGAUAGGGCUUCCACUGCAGGGCUUAUGCACUCUAUCUUUAGCGCCUCAGCUGGCUGCCCCCAACCUCAGAGGCGUGGUCGUGGUGGCGGACACCGCGGCAGGGGCCACUUCAACGUACGCCGAGACGGGCCAAUGAAGUUCGAGAAGGACUUUGACUUUGAGAGUGCCAAUGCCCAGUUCAACAAGGAGGAGAUUGACAGAGAGUUCCACAGCAAGCUCAAACUGAAAGAUGAGAAGCCGGAGAAGGCAGCGGUGAAUGGGGAGGAUAAGGGCGAUUCUGGGGUGGAGACCCUGAACAGCGAGGGCAACGCUGAUGAAGGGGGAGAGGCCCUAACGCCUAACGUAUACUAUGACAAGUCAAAGUCUUUCUUCGACAACAUCUCCUGUGAUGACAGCAGGAAAGCUGCAGAAAGAUCUGGAGGAGGCUCUGGUUUCCCACGGGAGCGGAGGCAGACCUGGGCCGAGGAGAGGCGAAUGAACUCGGAGACGUUCGGCAUCCCUCUGCGUGGGGGUCGGGGCCGUGGGGGCUACCGUGGGCGGGGCGGCAUAGGCUUCCGCGGGGGCAGGGGGCGCUCGGCCAGCAGAGGGUCCUUCGGCCCCCCCCAAGGAGGCCACGGCUACAGGGGAGGAUACAACAGAACAAGCCAGGGAGGACGGGAGUUCUCAGAGAACUUUGAGUACAGGAAGGAUAACAAGGUGGCCGCGUAAAACAACUGGAGGACGGAUCAACAGAGUUGCAACACCUCAUGUUUAAAAAUAGUUUAGGUUGCUACUUUUGACAAAAGGAAUGAAGAUGUUCUAGCUGUAUAUUUGUCACCAGCACUGGGUUAGACUGCUUGAAUGCAACUUAUUUUCCAUAUCUUUUAACAAUGGAAAUGAUGCAAUAUGUCAAACACAAAUGUCAUGAUCUCAAAACUAUUUCCAGGUGGCUUAAUUGUGUAUAAGUAUCAUAUUUCAGAGGGAUAUCAGUAUUUUUUUUUUCCUUUUUUCUCCUAAACUUGUAUUUGAUCAUAUUCUGUUAAGUAUAGAAGGCUGUAUACAUGAGCCUUCCAACUGAGGAGCACUGACAAAGGUUUAUUUGUUUGGAUAUAUCCUGUUAUAACUUCAGCGGAAAAAUAGUCCGUGGGGUCCGUCAGUUACUUCCGUGUAUACUACACAUACCAUACCUAGUCCGCUAGGCAUCUAUUUAUCCCACUUCUCUAAAUGGCAGAGCUUGUGGUUUUUUUGCUAAAUAUUCUCAAGUUUUUGUCAAUAUUUUGUUUUUCAUUUACUUCCAGCUCUUACUUUAGAUGUUUUUAUUAGGGCUUUAUCAGUCUUUUUUAAACCAAGAAGGAAUCAUCUGUAUUGUCUGUUACUCCCAUUCUACACUGUAGUGUAUGGAGGAUAGAGAUGGUGCUAGAUGUUAACACUUAGCUUUAUUCUUCUGGUUUUGUAAUAUAGUUUAACUCUGGAUGCGUAACUAGGAGUAGGGAAGGAUAGGUCAGUAAUGGCGCAUAAGUCAGAACUCAUUUUCUUUAUUUUAAAAUGUUCUGUAUAUUGCCCUGUACUCAAGGGCUCCUGGUAUUGUGUGACUAGAGAUGAUUAAUGCUGCUGUUUGCUACAGUUCUUUUUCUAGCGUCAUCUACAAGAGCUAGCUAAAGCAGGCCAUCUAAAUAUGCUUCUUCCUGACAAAUGGCCCAGUUUAUCAUUGGUUACAUUUUUGUUUGUAACCUUUCUAUGGAACUUCCCAAAAUGUUGGUUAUUUACUUUAACCUCUUUUUUUAAUUUUUUUUUUUUUUUUUUUGCCAGGCAGUUGCUUCUGAAUUGGUUAACCUCAUCCUGAAUUCUCCAUUUCUUUCAAACAGGAAUGCCAGAAAUAAUUUCACCCACCAACACUGCUUAGUACUUGAGAUGUCUGACAGAGAAACCAUGUCCUGACUAAGCUCUUGAUUCGAUGCCACUAACUCUGUCAUCACACUGCAUGGUGGUUGAUAGCCUGCUGCAGCUACACAAGGGCAGAAGAAUUACUGAGUUGAGUACGUAGACUAUUAGAACGAGGUGCAUAGCCAUUUGGUUUUAGCGAAAUAGGCAUUUAGUUACAUAGCAACAUUGAAGCUAUAUUUGGAGGAUUUGAAUGAUUGGGCACAAAUUGGGUAAAGGUUGGUUAAUGGGAAGUAAUGAACUUUGACUGAGUAUUAGAAAGGUACACACAGUUGCACUUUUACUAUUGAAGUCAUUUUAUAAACAGUUGUCUUUUUGUUAAUUUGUGUAUACUGAGGAUGUAUUCCAGUUCUGCUAACUGGGUGACAAUAUAUAUGAGUCCCACAUGUCACCCUAGUCCCUAUAUAGUGAACUACUUGGCUCUGGUCAAAAGUAGUGCACUUUAUAGGGAAUAGGGUGCUAUUGGGGACACUUACAAUAAUGUUACCAUGGUAAGUGCACAGUGCUAUUUGGUGAACUAGGCGCUCCUUCAUUUGAAAAUGUACUAGAUUUAUUCAGAAGUAUGUAAAUGUCAACAUUGCAAAAUUUGAACGUCUUGAUAAUUUCCAUUGAAGGAUAGUUAUUCCCUGGCAUUGAUGCACUGUAGUGGAAAGUGUUUUUGCUUCUGCCCCCAUUUAACUUUUGAAAGCUUCAGCUAACUUAAAAAGUACCAAACAUCUACGUACGACCCUCGUCUAAUUUAGUUAGGUUGUGUUUUAAGUCCAGCAUAGAAUGGUCUUUUCUCUUCCUAUUAUUUUGGCAAUGUUACUUAUGCAUGUCACCUGUUGUAAUUUGUUCAGAUACUCUGUCCAAAAACUAAUUUGGCACCUUAUCGAGGCAUGCAGAAAAGUCAACGUGUUAAAUUGGAUGGGUGAUGCUCAAAUUCUCACAAGUGUCUUAGAGGCAUCUUGUCUAGGACGUAGGGUGGUAAUGUAGAAUGGCUGGUGGGAUAGGAUGAAUCUCAACUGUAUUGCCUUGAUUUCUCUUUCCUUGCAUCUUUCUCAAAACACUUUGGGAGAAGAUCUUAUGCUUCAAUGUGCUUUGUGAAGACAGAGGGAGGACAUAAGGAAUUAAGGAAAUAGUUGAGAUGCACCUAUAGGAUCAUGUGCCUAGUUCAGGGGAAUGUCCUUUGUCUCCAUUUUCAUGUUGGGUUGUAACAAAACGAAUGCACAGAACACUGCAUGAGGGUCCUGCACAUCAGAAGCUGCAAAAUCAUGACCCAAAGCAACGAAGAUACAAUAACUUACUGAAAUGUCUGUGCUGUGGGUAGUUUGUUUGCACUUCAAGAUCUUUAAUAUACAGACGUAAAGGUUAUUGUUUAUUUGGGUUACUUUUCCUAACAGUCUCUGGUGUCACAGCCACGUGUUUUGUCUCUAAACCCAGCAUGAUGAUUUCUCCUGUGGGCCUCAGUGGACUGUUUUUAUUUUAUUUUAUUCAGAGCAUACAAUAAAAGUUGUUCAUUACAUUGUA